UGCAGCUGGUCAGCCACGAUCACUCGAGUGAAUCAACUGUGUAUUCCCGAUAUUCUGCAAAAUGCUCUGGACAUGUCUGCGCUGCCCACAUCAAGCAUCAAAAUGGCAAUAAACAUUGCAAAUGUUACCUUCGGAAAUGUUAAAGACGUCUACAAUCUGGAAUGCGUUGUAUGUCUUUCAACAUACAAGCAUCCAAAAGUCUUGCCUUGUCUUCACGCCUUCUGCGAAGAAUGCAUUGAAAAUACAAUAAGGGAGAACGCAGAACGUGUUUUGGAAUGCCCACGCUGCCAUAUUGACAUCCCAAUACCAACAAAAGGCGUCGACGCUUUUCCAUCUCAUUCUUUCGCCAACAACCUUCUCAACAUAUUAGCUGUGCAAGAGCCAACAUGCUGCACCAAUUGUGAAGAUCAGUCGAUGGCAAAUGCUCGCUGCCUUGACUGUGUUGAAAACCUGUGCCCCAAGUGUGUCACAGCUCAUGAAAGAAUUCGACAGACCAAGGACCACAAGGUUGUUUGUUUUGAAGAACUCCAGAACAACGCAAUUUAUGACGCAUUGAAGUGUCCCUCGUUCUGUGGUGUGCAUGAUAGAGAGAUGCUGAAAUAUUUUUGUGAGACUUGCGAUGACGCAAUAUGUAGAGACUGCGCAAUUUAUGAUCACAGAGAGCAUAAUUAUGUUGAUCUGAAGGAGGCUGUAAAGAUUCAUCGCGAGACUGUGAUCGAAUUAUUGGACAGCACGAAACGCAAGUUGCCUGUAGUCAAGCUGGCUCUUAACGAAGUUAUUGAAGUGACAAACUCACUCUCAGACAGACGCGAUGCUGUCAAGAACCUGAUCACAGCGACUGUUGAUGAGCACAUUCGCACUCUGGAAGAGAAAAAGAGACGGCUUGUAGAGACCCUUGAUGAGAUGUGCCAGCAAAAAGAAAAGGUCUUAAAGGAUCAGCAAAGUGUGCUUGAGAUGGACCUCGAUAACCUUCUAAGUAGCUGCGACUUCGUCGAGAAUAUUCUGCGAUUCGGGAACGAGGCAGAAAUGAUGUUGGUGAAAAGGAUAAUGGCGAAUAGAUUGAAGAAGCUAAGCGAAUAUAAACCGCAAACAGAACCCGAGGAAAAUGAUGUUCUUAGCUUUGACGCCGUUGAUAAUGAACUCAAGGAUGCCGUGACAAAGUUUGGAAAGCUUGAAACAAGCGCAACAUUUCCUGCAUUUUCCGUUGCGGAUGGUUCUGGAAUCAAAAUUGCAAAAGUAGGCCAUGUGGCUACUUUCAACAUUUAUGCCAAAGACAGAUUUUCAGCGGAUGUCAUGCUUGGUGGUGAUCCAGUUGUUGCCAAAAUUCGUGAUAGUUUUGGCUCAGUGACCCUUGCUGACAUCACUGACAAUAAUGAUGGUACCUACACUGCAAAAUACAAACCAAGCCACAAAGGAACACAUUUUGUGUUCGUUUAUGCAAGAGAGAAGGCCAUUAUGGGCAGUCCAUUCGAGGUUUUGGUCACAGCCGGAAUUGAGAUAGACAGAGUAGGCCCAAUGUUGCUGAAGUUUGGCUCCAAAGGAGUUUUAGGCCAAAACAAUGAUGAAAAUUUUGAGCCUUGGGGAGUAGCUGUUGACCAAUCAGGAACAAUUAUUGUCAGCGAUCACAACAAUCAUCGAAUUCUGUUCUUUGACAAAAACGGGAAACUUUUACAUCAGUUUGGGAAGAGAGGAAAAGCUGAUGGGGAGAUAUGGUACCCAGCAGGUUUAGCUGUUGAUGAAACUGGAAACAUAUAUGUUGCUGAUCAUGGGAACCAUCGAAUUCAGGUUUUCGAUUAUGAAGGGGAGUUUAUUGACAAAUUCUGCAACCGAGGAAAUGGAGAAGGCCAGUUAAAAGGUCCUUGUGCCUUGGCAAUUGAUAACCAGAAGAGGUUGGUAGUGGCAGACAGAGAUAAUCACAGGAUACAGAUCCUGGAUAUGCACGGCGGAUUUAUCACUCAGUUCGGUGGAUAUGGGAGUGCCGAUGGAAAAUUUAACUCGCCAAGACAUAUUGCUGUGACAAAUGAAGAUGAAAUUAUUGUAUCGGACACAAACAAUUACCGAGUUCAGCGUUUUGACGAAUUUGGAAGCUACAUAGCCAAAUUUGGAAACAAGGGGAUUGGGGAAGGGCAAUUCAUGUGUCCUUCAGGGAUCGCUGUUGAUUCAGAAGGCCAUAUUGUUGUUGCAGAUUUCAAGAAUCUUAACGUGCAAUUAUUCAAUCUGAAAGGGAAGUACCUCAAGAAACUUGGAAUUCCAGGAUUAACAGAUCACACGUUGUUCAGUAAGCCGUGUGGCGCUUGCAUCACUACAAGUGGAAACAUUCUGAUCGCUGACCGGGGAACCUACAGGGUGCAGAUGUUUUAAGCAUCAUCUGGUUUGGGAAGUGAUUCUUACAUCUCUCCUCCGGUGAUUCCGAUUUUUGUUUUCGGAGAACGACAGACGGUGAUACAAUCACAGAAUAAGGUUCUGGUGAUCCAAUGACGGUUUGGCAAUGUUUUGAACGCACCCCCUUAACAUCAGAACUCAUUUACAUAACUAACUUCUUCUUGAUUGAAGUCUGCUUUAAUUCCAUUUGUAAAGACGAUGAUCACAACUUUUGCAAAAUUAGAAAAUGAAUGUAAAGAUCAGUAAACUCUCUGUAAAGUUUUAGUAAAGUUUUAUGCUGAAAAAGAAAGUUUAGAGAAGGGGAGUUUUUACGCUUAAGAUCGUGGCAGCAUAGUAUUUUUCUGGUUUCACCCAACGAUCUCUUAUUUCCUCUUUAGAAAGCCUAUCAUGAACUUUCCCAUGUCCAUUAAAAAAUCAGUUAGAAGUAAAGACUUUCGUUCAAUUAAAUUUAUGCUGCCUGCGCUUUAUGCUGGUAAAAGAACAUGGAAACUUAGCAAACGUUCAUUUGAUCUCUGUCAUUCCCCCGCUAUUUGGACACGAUAAACACCCCUGACAGAAAGAAGAAACCUGAUCGGCAAAAGAAGCAAGCGUCCCAGCUUUCUCUGCCCGGUUUUGACAUUCACAAGACAGUUUCACUUCUCUUCUUCCCACACUAACGACAAGGUUCUUGGGUAAUGUGGCUUUCAUCGUUAAAUACGGUUUGUUGGACCUUUUCAGGGCCCACGCCACGGGUUUGAAAGUGGGGGGGGGCGGCAAAGUUAACAAAAGAGGGGUCAAGGGUUCUUUCACCUUUCAUUGAGGCUUUGACGUUUAUUGCUUCACAAAAAGUGGGGGGCAUGGCCUCUCGGUUUCCCGGUGGCGUGAGCCCUGUAAGACUCGAUCAGUAUAUUCUUUAUGUUUUGCAUAAUAAAAAGGAAUUGAAAGAUGCAUAUUUUUGAAAUGCUGUCUCCGAUUAACUGAACACAUUGUUAAGAUUAUGUGAAUAUUUUAUCAUUUACUUCUGUAAAUUCAUACAAUACUUUGAAAUAUUAUAUAUUCAAACCAUUUUAUAUCAUUUAUUUUGAACGACUUAUUAUAUCAUAAUAACGUGCAUGUCGCUGA